AUGUGGUUGUACUUGACGAUCAGUAUCCUGUUCCUCUACACGAUCCUGCUCAUCGUCUUCUUCAUGGGCUGGUGCACCUUGAUCCCGAAUCGGUACGUUUUUCGUGACUCGGCUAAGCGACGCGGCUGUGGAUUGAAUCUUUAUUGAACUCAGAAGGAGAUUUCAAAAUCAUGUUGUGUAGAACGAGGAAUGGAAUUGAACAACUCGGGUGAGCGACGCGGCUAUGCGACGCGGCUAUGCGACCCGGCUAAGCAACUCGGCUAAGCGACGCGGCUGUGCAGCUUGACUUUAGGAAAGAUAGAAGUUCCCGAGUGGAUCAUGACUUGAGGAAAAGUUUCUCUUUUGGAAAGUUAGAGGUCUGGCUGUGCGACGCGGCUAUGCGACUCGGCUGUGUUACGUAGCUGAGCGACCCGGCUAAGCGGCUUGGCCGUAGGCUUAGCAAGUUUUAAAGUUGGAAAAUAAAUCUUAAGAGCUUCUGAAAAGCAGUUUUUGUGAAUUGGAUGCGUGUGACUCGGCUGUGCGACGCGGCUAUUAAAAGUAUACAGGAGGUUUAAAGACAGUAGAAAUUUUAUUAUGAUCAUGUAGGCCUUCAAAGCCUAUGCAUAAAGUAUGUGACUCGGCUGUUUUCAGUCUCUUUUGCAAAAAGCUAACAUCAGCAACACAACGAUCAUUGACACCCUGAUUUUGCAACCGAAAAAAAACGUCAUUAAUAUUAUUGAUAACCAGCAAUUCAUCAUAUCACCCUAGUUUGCCGGAUUUUUGGUUCUCUUGGGAAAUCGAGCCGGAAAAUGAACAGUUGGCGUUGACACGCCACGUGGCGACACUAUUAAUGUUGUUUUCUUUCGUGUUUUUUCGAGGAUUCUACUAUUCUGACUCAUUCAAACAUGAAUAUAGCUAGAAAAAUUAUAUGGGAAAAAAAAAAUAAAAUUUUGAAAAAUUUAUGGCUCUUUUUUUCAUGCACAGUUUCGCUCUACGGAUAACACCUUUUUUUAAUUUCUAAUAGUGCUUGUAGAGCAAUAAACGACGACUAACUUCCCUAUUUCUAAAAAAAAAGAAAGCAGUGAUACUUUUCCUACGAAAUGAAGAGAAAUUUUUUUUUCUAGGCAAGUGCGCCCCGUUGAGAAUAUUUAGGCUUUGAGCUUAUUUCUGCCCUAUUUUUCAACAUAAAGUAGCCCCUAAAUUGAAAUUUUCAGGUGCCACUCGCGCCGAAGUAUCCCCUUCAGUACGGUCAAAUCGCCGAGGCGCCAUACCAAGUUCAUCGAAAUCGACUGCGUCUCUUCGAGGUAAUCCUCAGCUAACAUGAGCAACACCGUAACGUUUGAAUGUUGCAGUACCUCGCUGGACAUGUUCCCGCAUCGGAAAUCGACGAUUUUGUCGGGUCUUCCGUUAAGAGAAAAGAAAUUUUCUCUUCCGUUGGACGCCUCGAAGCCCUCUUACAAGGUGAGGGGUCACUUAAGUGCUUCGGGAGAAUUGAGAUUUCCAAGCCAACUUUGAACUUUUUGAUCUUUGGGUUUGAUCGCCUAUAACUUGGUUCUUUUUUGAUCUACGGAGGUCAAUCCAAGUUUUCCUUGAUCUCCGUGAUCUCCUCUAUCGAUUGAUACCAAACUUGACGAAUUUUGAAAUUUCGACCCCUCAGUUUGAUCGCCCAUAACUAAGCUCCUAUUUGACCUACGGAGGUCAAACCUAGCCUCAGGUUAUCUUCUCGACGAGAUCUAUCGAUUGAUAUACAUUUCGUCCAGAUCGGCUUCCAUGACCUCAGAAGCUCGAAAAAAACCUAAGGGGUUAGACUGCACUUUUUUCGAUUUUCCCGGAAAUCAAAGUUUUCCAGAUUUUCACAUCAGUCGAUAGGAAAUGACGUCAGAAGUUCUAAAAUCCAUGCGAAAAAGUCCCUAACCUCCUAGAAAAAAAGUUAUGAUUUCUGAGAGUUUAUUAUUGAUCAUAGCUCGACUUCUAGGGACUUAGGAUUUUAGAGACCUAAUUUUUCUUGACCUCUGUAUUCUCCCCUAUCGAUUGAUACCAAACUUGACAAUUUUCAAGAUUUUGACUUUUCAGUUUGAUCACCUAUAACUUGGUUCCUAUUUGACAUACGGAGGUCAAACCAAGUUUUUCUUGACCUCCUAGAUCUAGUUUAUCGAUUGAUACCAAAUUUGACCAAAUUUGAAGAUUUUGACUUCUUAGUUUGAUCACCCAUAACUGAGCUUAUAUUUGACCUACGGAGGUCAAGACUAGCCUGCGGUUAUUUUCUCAAUAAAAUUUAUUCUCUGAUAUGCUGCGUGAAGUCAUGAGACCUUGUUUUCCAUUUUCUAACUUUGAAAGUUCAGGUCAGCGACUACCUGCACCCGAAGUACUCCCUACCGCCAGUCAAAAUAGCAAUAUGUGAUAGACAGGUGAAUAUUGACUCAAAUUUGAACUUUCCAAAAGAUCUCUGGAAGUUAGUGGAUUCAUGGAAAUUAUGGAGAUGUGAAAGUGAGAAAAAUAGAAAACGUAUGGGAGAAAAGGCAUUUUAUCAACGUAUAUUAAAUCAAAUAUUAAAAUUUGUAAGCCCAGUCAUUCUAAAAGUAUUGUGGAUUUUUUGAAACUGAUUAGAUCUUUUUUCAGAAGAUUUUCGAUACUUUAUUAGAUUCGGUGUUUUUCCAAGAGGUUUAGUCCCAUUCCAAGUGAUCAUUCAAGUGGUUUUUCUCCUUUUAAAGAUCCAGUGUACGAUUUUUCUUUUUCACUGACCGGUGAGAGAGAAGAGAGCGCAGACAUGUCAGACUCUUUGAAGUAGUGGCGAAUGAUGUAUCUUUGGAGAGCCUACGAUUCGCUUCAACUUGUUGAAAUUAUAUCAAUGAUAUCGAAAUGAAAUCAGUGAGAGAAAAGAGGGCGCAGACAUGUCAGACUUUAUGAAGAAGUAGCGAAUGAUGUACACAUUUUGAGAGCCUACGAUCCAACUCGUAAAAAUGAUAUCGGUGAGAGAGAAGAGUGCACAGACAAGUUAGACUCUUUGAAAUAGUGGCGAAUGAUUUAUCUUUGGAGAGCCCACGGAUAGCUCGAACUCGUUGAAAUUAUAUCAAUGAUAUCGAAAUGAAAUCAGUGAGAGAAAAGAGGGCGCAGACAUGUCAGACUUUAUGAAGAAGUAGCGAAUGAUGUACACAUUUUGAGAGCCUACGAUCCAACUCGUAAAAAUGAUAUCGGUGAGAGAGAAGAGUGCACAGACAAGUUAGACUCUUUGAAAUAGUGGCGAAUGAUGAACACAUUUUGAGAGCCUACGAUCCAACUCGUAAAAAUGAUAUCGGUGAGAGAGAAGAGAGCGCAGACAUGUCAAACUCUCUGAAAAAGUAGCGAAUGAUGUAUCUUUGUAGAGCCCGUGAUCACCUCCAACUCCUUAAAAUGAUAUCAGUGAGAGAGAAGAGGGCGCAGACAUGUCAGACUUUAUGAAAAAGUAGCGAAUGAUGUAUAUCUUUGACUCAUUAAAAUGAUAUCAAUUCUCUUCAUUUUCAGUGGGAAUUCGAGCAACUUCUCCGAACGCCGGCGCAUUCCAAACGCUCGCUGAGCACGCCGUCGCACAAGGGCUCCGACGCUUCCAACGCCUCCAACGUUUGA